AUGACCUACAUCCGCAACGGACAGGUGGAAACGGGCUCGCAGCCGCUUCUGCGGCUCUCCCUCAUCCCCGACCUCUUCUGGGGCAUUGUCAACUUUGCCUACUUUCUCGUAGCCACCCUCUUCUCGAUGGAUGCACGUGAGUCGCUCUAUGCACCGGCGCACAAGCGCGGGAAGACCAUUGGCACGCUGGGAGGAGGCUCGUCGCUUGGUGGUGGCGGUGGCGGUGGCGGUGGUGGCGGUGGUGGCGGUGGCUCGGGUGGUGGUCGCCCUGGCGGCCAGCCGCGCCAUCGUGGCAUCCGUGGCCUCUCCGACGUCAAGGCCAACGACCCGGGCCGCGUCACUGCAGGCGGCUGA